CUUCUGUUCUUGUUUUUUUUUUCUUUGUUUACUUUUCUUCUUCUGAACUCUUUUGCUUUGCUCUCUAGCAUUCCUCAAGGCCCUAUUCUCAGAUGGCGAGGAACGCCUCAUCUGGGCUGGCUGGAAGCGAGGAGUGCAAGGAGAGAUUCUUGGAGAUGAAAGCCAGGAGGACCCAUCGAUUCAUCGUGUUCAAGAUCGAAGAGAAGAAGCAGAAGGUGACGGUGGAGAAGCUUGGUGAACCAUGUCAAAGCUACGACGAUUUUGCUUCAAGUUUGCCUGAUAAUGAGUGUCGAUAUGGGGUCUUUGAUUUCGAGUUCACCACUCCUUGACAAUCUCAACAAGAGCAAGAUCUUCUUUAUUGCUUGGUAAAUUUUAUCCAUAUUUGUCGUCCACCAUUGUUCUUUGAUCAUUAGCUCCAAAGCCUGCUCAUUUUGUAUCGAAAUGCCCCAUCAUGAAAGAAGUAAGAUCCAGAUUUUUCAUGAUGGUGUAUUGUAUUAUCAGUUUAUAGGUCUCCUGAUGGUUCAAAGGUGAGGAAUAAGAUGUUGUGUGCUAGUUCAAAGGAUGGAUUCAGAAGCAACCUAGAUGGGGUGCAAAUUGAGGUUCAAGCUACUGAGCCAUGUGAGAUGAGCUUGGAGGUUGUCAAGGGAAGAGCCCGUUGAUCAAUUAGUGUACUCUACUUGAUAUUUCUUUCUUCUCCUUUUAUGCCUUUAUGGUAAUUAAUUAAUUGUAGUUAUGCGG